GUGCCGUGCCGUGCCGUGCCGUGCCGUGCCGUGCCCGGGCGGGGGCCGUGCCGUGAGGGGAAAAUGGCCUCUCGCAGAAUCACCCGUGAGACGUUCGAGGCCGUGGUGCAGGAUAAAGUUAAACGGUACCGCAUGGAGCGGAGCGAUGCCGCCGGAGACUCCUCCAUGCAUCGUUUCAAAGCUCACUCCCGGCCGCUGCCCCGGCCCCGCUACGACGACGACGGGCGCUUCCCUCCCGCCAACUCCCAGCACGAGGACUGGAGCGAGGAUCCCAGGGAAGAUUAUCCCAUGGAAGAAUAUCCUGGAGAAAACUACCCUGGCCCUUCCUACCGCCCCAGCAGCCCCCUGCUCCGCAAGGAGAAUUAUUUCCACGGACAGUUCGCCCGCCCCGCGCCCCGCGAGCGGGAAUUCGGCUGCGAUUACGGGCGCCCCGCUCCCCAAAACCGGGAAUUUGGGCGUGGGGGUGGCCCCAGCAGGGAGUAUGGGCAGCACCCCGCUCCUCACAGCCGGGAGUACGGACAGCAAAACCGGGAAUACGGGCAGCAAAACCGGGAAUACGGGCGGGACAGGGAGUACGGGCAGGAUUACGGCCCCUCGGAUUGCUGGGAAGCGCCGCACGAAGCCGAGUUCGGCUCCUCGGAUGUUCUGGGGGAUUUCAGGUCGCCUGGCUUGGUGGAGGAGGAGUUUGGCAGCGUGGAAAAUCAGGAAUACGAGGAGGAGUUCGGGGCGGCCGACGCAGAGUUCCGGCCGCCGCCGCACAGGGGGGGCGUGGGCAGGGGGAGAGUGCUGAGGGGGAAACGCCUCAGCAGGGGGGUGGUGAAACCCAAAGUGUUCAAAGGAGACCUCAAAAGCCCCCUCAAGAAGUGGAACAUGAAGAAAGCACAGCCAGGCCUGGACGCCAAAGCUCUGGAGCAGCCUCUGGAAGUCGCCAACCAGAGGCCGGUGCCCCUCCAGCAGCACCCCAAGCUACCCCCCUCACACCCUCUGGCAGCACAGAGACCCAUCCUGAGGCUGCCAAAACCCACCCACGUCUUCAGGAACCUCAACUUCGACCUGGUGGAUAAAUCUGACAUUUUCUCCACCUUCGGUAUCGAGAUCAUCAAGUGGGCCGGGUUCCACGCCAUCAAGAACGACGCCGAGUUCUCGCGCCUCUUCGGGGCCCUCUUCGAGCUGGAGACUGAGACCUGUGCCAAAAUGUUGGCGUCCUUCAAGUGCUCCCUGAGGCCAGAGCACAGAGAUUAUUGCUUCUUCACCAUCAAGAGCCUGCAGCACGCCGCCCUGAAAACCCCCAAGGUGGACAACGAGUUUUUGAACAUGCUGCUGGACAAGGGGGCCGAAACCAAGAAUUGCUUCUUUGAGAUCAUCAAACCUUUUGAUAAAUACAUCAUGAGGCUCCAGGACCGUCUCCUCAAGGUGACCCCUCUGCUCAUGGCCUGCAACGCCUACGAGCUGAGCAUCAAGACCAACGGCUUUGGCAACCCCAGGGAAAUGGCCAACGCCUUCGAGACCACCGUGUCGCUAUGCCGAAAAUCCCUGGCUCUGCUGGGCCAGACCUUUGCUCUGGCCUCUGUUUUCAGGCAGGAGAAAAUCCUGGAGGCCGUGGGGCUGCAGGAGAUGGCCCCGGCGCCGACGGCGUUCCCCAAUUUCGACGACUCCACGCUGUUCGGGAGGGAGUACAUCGAGAAUUUGAAGGCUUGGUUGGAGAAGAGUGGAUAUCCCAUCAGAUGAAAAGGGCUGGGGCAGAAUCCACUGAGCAGCUCAAAGCAAGCUUCCCCUGACGCCAAAGCCCCCCGAGGAGCCGACAGGAAAGUUCUGGCCACGAUCGAGGAGCUGGUGAGCAGUGUGGUGUCGGGAACUUUGUCAGCCAAGGCCAGGAGCUCUCCUGAGUAUUGGUUCCUGGCGGACGAGGAGAGCCUGGAGUACAAAUAUUACAAACUGAGGCUGGCAGAGGUGCAGAGGAGCAGCCUGGCACAGGAGGGAGCAGCCCCAGAGUCCCUCCGGGCCCUGCUCUACGCCAGGAGAGUGGCCAGCAUCAAAAGGAGACUUUUCAAAAGGAAAAAAAAACCUGCAAUUGUCACCUGCAGGGCCACCAGGGCCAGGAGGGGCAGGAGGGCCAGCACAGGGACCCAGAGCGUGCCCUCGGCUGGCACCGGGCUCAGGAACCGCCACAGAAACGCGCCAGGUGCCAGGGGAUCCCUGCCAGGACCUGGCCUGGGUGGCACCUGUGUCCCUGGGAGUGUCACCUCAACCUCUGCAGGUGUCACCUGUGUCCCUGGGAGUGUCACCUCAACCUCUGCAGGUGUCACCUGUGUCCCUGGGAGUGUCACCUCAACCUCUGCAGGUGUCACCUGUGUCCCUGGAGGUGUCACCUCAACGUCUGCAGGUGUCACCUCAACCUCUGCAGGUGUCACCUGUGUCCCUGGGAGUGUCACCUCAACCUCUGCAGGUGUCACCUGUGCUGCUGGAGGUGCCAUCUCAACCCCUGGAGGUGUCACCUGUGCUCCUGGAGAUGUCACCUCAACACCUGGAGGUGUCACCUGUGCUGCUGGAGGUGCCACCUCAAUCCCUGGAGGUGCCACCUCAACCUCUGGAGGUGUCACUUGUGCUGCUGGAGGUGUCACUUGUGUCCCUGGAAGUGUCACCUGUGCUCCUGGAGGUGUCACUUGUGUCCCUGGAAGUGUCACCUGUGCUCCUGGAAGUGUCACCUGUGCUCCUGGAGGUGCCACCCCAGCCUCUGGAGGUGCCACCUCAACCCCUGGAGGUGCCACCUCAACCCCUGGAGAUGUCACUUCAACCCAUGGAGGUGCCCCUGGAGGUGUCACCUGUGUCCCUGGAGGUGCCACCAGCUGUGAGGUCCCCGAGGCAGCAGAGCACAGAGCAGCCCCUGAGCAGCUCCCAGCACCAGCAGAGCCGCUCCUGCCUUUGGCCUCUCAGUUUCCUGAGGUGGAUGCCAAAACGAUGGAAACUGCAGAGAAACUGGCCAGGUUUGUGGCUCAGGUAGGACCAGAAAUUGAGCAGUUCAGCAUUGACAACAGUGCAGACAACCCUGACCUCUGGUUCCUCCAGGACCAAACCAGCCCUGCCUUCCAAUUUUACCGCAUGAAAGUCUUGGAGCUCUGCCCCUCCAUCACCUUCACCCCCAAAACCCCCCCGAGAACCCCGGAGCUCUCCGAGGACGACGACGACGACGACGAAGACGAAGAAUCCGAACCCUCCCAACCCGCGGGGGACGAGGAUGAGGAUGAUGAGGACGUGGCAGCAGGUAGAAGGGUGGCCCAGCUGGAGGAAGAUCUCUCCAGGGCAGCAGAGGAGGUGUCUGGAGGUGAAGGGCGGCCCUGCAGCCCCUCUGACGGCGCUGUCCCAAAUCUGUCGACACAGGCACCCAGCCCGGCCCCCGGCGCGCCCUUCCCUCGAAAAAGGGUCAGCAGCAAAUCCCUCAAAGUGGGCAUGAUCCCGGCCUCCAAAAGGAUCUGCCUCAUUGAGGAGCCCAAAGUUCAUGAACCUGUCAGGAUUGCCUAUGACAGACCCCGGGGCUGCCCUGCCACAAAGAAAAAAAAGAAGUGCAAGGAUGUGGAGGUGCCCCAGAAGAGGCUGAGCCCCAGGAUUGGGUUUCAGAUGCUGCAGAGGAUGGGCUGGCAGGAGGGGCACGGGCUGGGCUCCAGGGGCCGCGGCAUCCGGGAACCCGUGCACGUGGGUGCCACCUCAGCAGGGGAAGGGUUGGGAGUGGCAGGGGAGGAGAAUCAAGAAGAUGCUUUUGAUAUUUUCAGACAGAGAAUGAUCCAAAUGUACCGACAGAAAAGGGCAAACAAAUGAGGCUCUCCAGGACCCUGCCCUGCUCCCUGUGCUCUCUCUGCUUUUUCCUCGGAUUUUUCCUCCUCCCUGCAGGAAUUUUCCCUCCAAGGAGCAACAAAAACGAAAAAUUCCCAUUUAGUGUAAGUAACUUGGCUAGAAAUGUCCAAACCUCUGCUGAAAAUCAAAAAUCAAUUCCAAAAAUUCAUCCAUAAAUGUCCAGCUGGGCAAUCUCUGCUUCCUGUGACCUUGGAAUUUUUCUUUUUUUUUUGUCACUUUGGCCAUUUGGAGGAGAUAUGCAUUUUUAUUUCCAUUAAAUUCACGUCAUUUAAAUUUAUUUUUUUAAAUUCCUGUGGGUGCAGAGAAGAAUUUUGGAGUCAAAAUUGAAUUUUUAGGAUGGGAUUCCUCCCCAAAAAUUUGAAUUUUUGCCCCUGCUCCUUUCUCCAACCAACAAUCUGCUCCAGUUCCCAUUUUUUGGACAAAAUUCUGAUUUUUUUAGGGGAAAUCUUCCAUCUCCUGCAUUUUUUUCCUUCCC